AUGAGUAUCCCUGAACAUUUGUUGCCCCAGGCAUUCCUUGAUCAACACUAUCAGCAUCUGCGAUCUCACCCGACUCCUGCUCAACAACACUCACAACCUCCACCACAGCAGAGUCAUCAGCCACCGGCUCCACCACCACCAAAACAGCAACAACUUCAACCACAACAAUCUCAACCUCAACCUCAACCUCAAUCUCAACUUCAAUCUCAACCUCAACAACCUCAACAGUCUCAGCCUAUGGGUACUCCAAACUAUCAGCGAAAGGCUCCUCCUCCUCUCCAAAUAAACCCAUCCAAUUAUCAAUCUCAGCAUGUACCUCCUCAAGCUUUACGUCAACAUCCCUAUCGGGAAAAGGCAUCUCCUACACACAUUGCCUAUCCUCCAUAUCCUGCUCCACAACAGCAACAGCAACAGCAACAGCAACCACCGCCACCACCACCUCCUCCUGCGCCUCCUCAUCAACAACAAUCGCAGUAUAACAACAGUCCCGCAAUGUAUAAGGCUCCAUACCCUAUUCCCGAAAGUCCCGACUCCGAAGUAGGACCUUAUUCUCCUGCUCCCAGUACCAAUGCGUAUCCAUUCCAAACUCAUGGGAAUCGAAUUGCAUCUCAAGAAAGUGUUAAUCGUAACUAUCAUAUUCAACAUAAUCCUAGUUCCAAUAGUUUGAGUGAUUCUAAUUCUAAUCCACUUCCUUAUCCUAUUUACUAUAAUAAUCCUCAAGUGGUCCCUCCCGUUCCAUUCCUGUCUGUUCAACCAUUAAAUCAUCGACCAAUUCGUACUGCUACUCUGGAUAGUUUAGGUAGUACAAAGUCUCAACAAUCAACCAUGUCUGGACCUCCUGCUCCUGGUUCGGGUAAUAGACGAAUUGUAUCAUCCCCCAAUAUUCCUCAAUUUAAUAAUAAUAACAAUAAUAAUGUGAAUAUGAAUAUGAAUAUGAAUAUGAAUAUGAAUAAUGGACCAUUAACUCCUUCAGCUAUGAGUACAAGUAAUGCUUCUAUUAAUAGACAAGUUCAAAGUCCUCCUGAAUUAAGAACCAGAUCAUUGAAUUCAGCUUCGAUUAAUUAUAAUCAACAAAGAAUGCAACAACUGCAACUGUUACAAUUCCAUCCUACUACGGUUACUACCCCUACCAAUUCUAGUUCAAAUCUUCAAAAACUGGCAUCAGUAAGUCAUACACCUAAGUCGAAAUCGAGUACUUCUAUUAGUAGAUUGGCAUCUUCAGCUUCUAGAAGACAUAAUUCAUCAUCUUCAUUGGUUAGUUCCAGUAAUAAUUACAAUAAUAACAAUAACAAUAAUAAUAAUCAUAAACUAGAUAGAACAACAUCGAAUAGUUCACAAUUUAAAGGAAUGUCCAGUAUGAAACAACCAGCUUUAUUACCUCAACCAUCAGUUUAUCCUGCUAUAUUAUCUAAAGUAGCUAAAUCUUUUAAAGAUAAUAUUACUUUAUCAAUUAAUACAAAGAAUGGAUUAGUAUGUCAUGAUUCAUUUACUGGGAAAAGUGCUGUUGAUAUAAUUUGUAGAAUUAUUAGAACUGGAGAUAGGAAUUUAGCCUUAUUAUUAGGAAGAUCAUUAGAUGCUCAACAAUUCUUUCAUGAUGUAACUUAUGUUCAUCGAUUAAGAGAUUCAAUUCAUGAAGUUUAUGUUUUUAAUCCAACAUUUGCAUAUAUUGAUUUAUAUACAGAAACUGAUGAAGUCAUUGAUAAUGCUAAUAAUCUUAAUUUAAUUAAUAAUAAUGGAUCAUUUACUGAUUAUAAUGAUCAAUCACCAGUUCAACCUCAAUCUCAAAUACAAGGACAAAUUCAAGGACAAGGACAGGGACAAGCAUUACUUGAAAAUGUUGAUUCUAGUACUUCAUUAAAUAAUAUGAAUGGAGGAGGACAAGAAUUAACUGAAAGUCAAGAAACAGGAGUUAAUGGAGUAUUUACAAUAUUAACAGAUUGUUAUUCUCCUACUUGUACAAAAUAUCGAUUAUGUUAUAGUAUUGCAUGUCCAAGAAGAUUAGAACAACAAAGAAGACUUAAUUUAAAACCUCAGGGAGGUUUAAAGAGAGCAGAUUCAAGAUUAUCAUUACAUGAACCAGAUGAAAAUAAACAAACUUGGCAUGAUACAGUACCUGAAUCAGUCUUGGCUAAAUUAGAUUCAGAUGAAAAGACAAGACAAGAAGUUAUAUUUGAAUUUAUUUAUACUGAAAGGGAUUAUGUAAAAGAUUUAGAAUUUGUUACUGAUUUUUAUAUAAUUCCAUUAAGAAAUCCAAAUCGAAAUAUAAUUCCUGCUCAUUAUCGAGAAAAUUUUAUUUUAUUAGUAUUUGGAGGUAUAGGAGAAUUAUUAAAAGUUGCAAAAAGUUUUAGUGAAGCAUUAACUAGAAGACAACAACUGCAAAAACCAGUUGUAGAAAAUAUUUGUGAUAUAAUUUUAGAUCAUGUUAAUAGAUUUGAUCCAUUUAUUGCUUAUGCUGGGAAUCAUGUAUUUGCAACUCAUGAACAUGAAAGACAAUUACGAGUUAAUGAAAGAUAUUCAAAAUUUAUUGAAGAAACUAAAAGUAAACCUGAAUCUAGAAAGCAAGAUUUAACAUCAUUUUUAAUUAAAGCUGUUCAAAGACCAGCAAGAUAUAUUCUUUUCUUAGAAAAAUUAGUUAAAUAUACUAAAGAAGAUUCACCUGAUUUUAAAUAUUUAUCUAAAGUAAUGGAACCAUUAAAGAAAUUAUUAGAAAGAAUUAAUAUUCAAACAGGUAUUUGUACUGAUCGACAAAAAGUAUUAGAAUUACAUAAAUCUUUAGGAGAAAAGAUUUUAAAAGAGAGGUAUCAUUUUAAAUUAUCUUAUAGUAAUAGAAUUAUUCAUCAAGCUAGUUUAACUAGAAAGAGAGAUAAUGAAAAAAUUGAAGUUUAUUUAUUUGAACAUGCUCUUUUAUUAGUUAAGACAAAGAUUCAGAAUAAGAGAACUCAAAAGAAAGUCUUUGAAAGACCAAUUUAUUUACCAUUAUUAUUUAUUAAUAGUGGAUUUGAUAUUCCUAAUCAAAGAUCUGUAAUGAAUCAUCGUUAUAAUCAUUCUAUUGUAAUUGAUGGAGGUAAUGGAAAGAAAUUCGAUAGAAAUGAUAUACUUAUUGGUACAACAACAACUCCUAAAUUACAAUUAAAUUUCCUUGGAAUGGGAGGUAUCCCAGCUCAUUUUAGUUUAUUUGCUUCUGAUAUUGCUGUUCAGAAUCAAAUUUUAAAUCAAGUUCAUACUCAACAAAAGAAAUUAAUUGAUAAAUAUGAUUUAUUUUCAAUUGUUAAGUAUGAAACUCGAAGAUUUCAUGGAAAUAAUAAGAUUAAUUGUGCAGUUCCAUGUUAUGGAGGUAAAAAAUUACUUUAUGGUACAGAUACAGGAGUUUGGGUAUCAACGGUUAGAUCAAUUAGUACAACAUCUAAUGAAAAAAUUGUAUCUGAUCCAACUUUAGUUAUUAGUAAAGUUAAUGUAACUCAAAUUGAAGUAGUAGUUGAAUAUUCAAAAUUAUUUAUCUUGAGUGAUAAAGUAUUAUUUGAAUUUGAUUUAUCAUGUACUGAUUCAUUAGAUCAUAUUAAAAAUACUAAAUCUGGUAAACGAGUUAUUGAUCAUAUUUCAUUCUUUAAAACCGGUAUUCAUAAUUUUAAAAUAUUGGUUGCAGCUGCUAAAACUGGUAGUACUCAUUCAAUUAGUGUAUUUGAAGUUACUAGUAAUAAACAAGCAAAGGGUAAAAGACAUGAAACUCCAGAUAUUAAAGAAAUUUUAUUUAAUUCUGAUCCAGUAUCUAUAUCAUUUUUAAAGACUCAAUUAUGCAUUGGAUGUACUAAAGGGUUUGAAAUUAUUUCUUUAGAACAUAAUAAGAAAGAACCAAUUUUAGAUGAAGCAGAUCCUUCAUUAGAUUUUGCAACUCAAAGAGAACAAGUAACUCCAUUAGCAAUUCAUAGAUUAGGUAAAGAAUUCUUAUUAUGUUAUACAGAAUUUGUAUUUCUUAUUAAUAAGAAUGGUUGGAGAUCUAAUCAUGAAUGGGGGUUUAAAUGGGAAGGAAUGCCUCAAAAUGUGGCAUUAUUCUUUCCUUAUUUAUUAUCAUUUGAACCUAAUUUUAUUGAAAUUAGAGAUUUACAUUCGACUAGUCUUUUACGAGCUUUAGUUGGUGAGAAUAUUCGAUUCUUACAUUCCAAUGAACAUGAAGCUCUUUAUGCUUGUGAAGAGAAUGGAUAUGAUAUUAUUGUAUCUAUUGACUUUUUAAAUCUUAAACUGAAGGUUAGUUCUCCAUCUACUCCUAUAUUGGGUAGUACUAGUACUAGUACACCUACUAGUGCAACUGCUACCCCCACCAGUACUAAUCUUAUUAGUGCAAAUUCUAAUUCUAGUACAUUAGUUGGUCCUCAAUUUUGA